UCCUGUCCACAAGCACCUGUGGCCUCGACUUAAGAAUUGAUAAUACGCAGAACAUGCUUUUGUGUAUUGAAUCUGUUAAGAGAUAUAACCACAAUAUGCAGGUGAUAAUAAGACAUCCCUAUCCCUUUUUAUUGUCCAGAUGCAUUUGAAUGAAAUUUAACAACAGGUAGUGUGUUGCAAAAGUCUUUUGAAACAUUCCCCUGUGUGUCAGUUUAAAUCUAUAUAAGUAUUUAAACAAACCAUUUGGACUCACAUUAAAAAGUCGAACAGUCCGAGUCUCAUUAGCAGUUGAUAAAGCUACGUGUAAUAGAAGACUGGGAAUUCAACAUGACGAAAUAUACUUACCAUUACUUCAAUGUAAAAGGACGUGGGGAAAUUGUUCGCUUAAUAUUUGUGGCUGCUGGUGUAGAUUUCGAUGAUCGCAGGAUUGAAUUUCAGGAUUGGCCAAAGGUCAAACCAACCACACCCACUGGUCAGUUGCCAGUAUUAGAGAUUGAUGGUAAAAAGCAUUUCCAACGUAUGGCAAUCGCCCGAUACAUAGCAAGAGAAUAUGGUUUGGCUGGAAAAACAAACAUGGAUCGGCUUCUGAUUGAGCAGGUGGUAGAUAUUGUUCACGAUCUUCAUGAGGAAAUGAUUAAGUCGAUGUUUGAAAAAGAUGAGGCAAGAAAGGCUGAACAGACUAAACAACUAAAGGAAGAAAGCAUCCCGCGUGCGAUGGGGAUUUUGUCGAAAACUCUGAAGGAUAAUGGCGGGCAGUUUGUAGGAGUAAAUCUCAGCUUAGCAGACAUUUAUUUCAUGGAUAUAGUAUCUCGAUUUUUGAAGAAGGAUGACAAAGUGUUAGAUAAGUUCCUUGAAUUAAAAGCUAACCUUGACAAAACAAUGUCUGAACCCAAGAUCAAAAAGUACCUCACCAAACGACCCAAAACAGAGGUCUAG